AUGGUUCCCACUGGGUGGGCUGGGGGGGGAGGGGCUGUUGUGCAUGGUCUGGGAAAGCUGGAGAAGGCUGUUCCUUCGCCCCGAGCCUUGGAUUUCUUAUCUGUGAAAUGAGAGGCUACAAUGAUGAAUGGCAAAGUACCUUUUUUUUUCAGCUCUGAGAGCCUAGGAUAUUUCACCAUUGGAAGACCAGCAGACAAUGUCAUGACAACUCAAGAGGAUACAACAGGGUUGCUUCAAAAGACAAGCGUUUGGACCAUGUCAAGACCUGGAGUGAAAAAGGUUUCAGUAUCACCCUGACUUCUUUUGGAAGGAUCCCUUGGCCUCAGGCUGGAGCGGGCACCUGCCCUAGCCCACAGAGCUGGGUUUCUCCCUUUCUUCAACCACACAAGGAGCACCACUAGGCAAAGACCUCAUCACGUUCACAGCCGUCUCCCCAGAGCCUCGCACUGUGCUUGGCAUACAGCAGGUGCCCAGUAAAUACCUGCCAAAUGACUGAAUGCAUCUCGCCAGCCUCAGGAUGCCACCAGGCCCUGAGGGAGCCAGGAAGAUCAGAGGAAAGCUUUUGGAUUCCUGCCACACCUCACAUUAGCAGCAUCUUCUCCGAGUCCUGACAGCCAGCCUCCUGGGACACCAUUUGAGCCAGCUGAAUUCCGGUCACCGCUUCACCUUGGAAAAGCAUCCGCAGCGCUCACCAAGCGGCCCCGUAAUUGACGUCACAGCGGGGCCAGGAGCUGCCCUGUUAAUAUUUAAUGUGGCCUUCACUGCGGCAAAAUGCAGCCUCCAAGAGCUGGAGGGGCCGUGCAGAGUCUCCGUGGGGUUGUGAGGAGGGCACAAAUGGGAAAGGGCUUCAUAAACCAUAAAGCUUCCAACAGAUGAGCAUUCUGUCGACCCAUUUCAGUCCCUGGCUUAACUCAGAAAGAGCUGGGGCUGCACAUGCCUGCAGUGGAACAAGAAGACUGCUGACCGAGCCCAAGCACUAAAUCAAUGGGGGAUUAGAGACUCCUGGGUACAUUUCAUGGAGACAGUGGGAGGGCAGAGCACUGGCGCCAGCCAGACCUGGACUCCACUCCAGGUUUGCCCCCUGCACAGCUGUGUGACUGGGUCAGCAAAUGGACCACUGAGCCUCAGUCCCACUUCUCUCUGAAAUGGGGAUGAUGGUUUCCUUGUAGCACUGCUGUGAGGAUUCAAUAAAACGAGUGAUGCCGAAGACCUAGCUUCACACAUCGCAGGCUGUCAACACAGGCUGAGACCCUUCUCCAAAACCAAGCCUGGGACCUGAGGUUGGAGAGAGAAGAUGCGGGGCCCUUUCAGGCAUUCAUCGGGCAGAGUGAUAGCGGGAGGGAAGAAGGAGCAAGGAGGCACAGGAAGGAUGAUCUGGGAGCCAAGCAUCUCAGGUUUGGACUUUUCACCCCGGUGGGCCCAUGCCAGGAGAGGUAUCAGAGAGAGGAUGGGCGGAGGCCCCCGGAAGCAGAAGCAGAAGGGCCCUCAUGGACAAUCUCUCUGAUCCUCUGGCCCCUUUGGCAGAUGGGCAUCCGGGAGGGAGCAAACCAUGCCAGCGGCUCACACAGCAGAGCUGGGGUCUCACUGGCCUGCAGCCCUCUGGGGCUUCAUUAGCUGGGGUUUAUCCAAGGCCACAUGCCUAGUUGAGGAGGCAGAUGUGUUGGAAGACAUGAUGCAAUGGCCCCAUUCCUGGUGGUGACCUCCACUUCUUUGGCCUGGAUAACAGGAGGAACCUCAUCCCCCGCCCCUUCCUGGUCUCUCUCCAGUCUAUUUUCCCACAAAUCCUGGGAGCUUCCCAAAAUGUAAAUCUGACCUUGCCUCACCCUGCUUAAAACCUUUCCGUGAUCCCACACUUAAGGUCUCCAGAGAAAAUACAGGAGGCUCAGUUAAAACUGAAUUACAAGCUGAGUAUGGUGGCACACACCCAUAGUGCUACUCAGCAGGCUGAGGCAGGAAGAUCGCUUGAGGCCAGGAGUUUGAGGCCAGCCUGGGCAACAUAGUAUAACUCUGUCUUAAAAAAAAA